AGGCAGGCCCUAUGGAGACAGACCCUGAACAGCUUCUGUGUCAAAAGUAAUAUCUCUAUUCUAUUCGCUGUAGUUUUGCCAAUGUUAUCAAUAACGUUUAUCAACGUUAUUUGUACGUCAAAAUGUAUUGAUAACAAUUGACAAUUGUAAUGUUAUUUAUGAAUAAAUAAUUAAGUAAUCAGAGUAGUGUGCAAAAAUGAGUCAAAAACAAUCAGAAUCAGAAGAAACAGAUAAUGUAUCUGCAUUGGUCAACUUAGGCAGUUAUUUUGAUAGUGUGCCAACUAUUUUUGAUGAAAUAGUUUCUGAUAAACCAGAUAUAUUUUUGACUAGCAACAUUUCUAUGUUAAGUGUACCACCUAUAUCACCUUCACCUAAUAUUUUUGAUCAGGAUUUUUCUUUUGACGACCAAAUCAAUGAAUCACCUAUGAAUGAUAUUCACAGAGAUGCAUGGAUUCCUUCAGAAAGUACUCAUAAGAUAUUAAGAUCAAUUGCCACAUCUCCUCAUGGAGGAAAUCAAAUAGAUAAAGAAAAUUUAACGAUGUUGGGUCUUGCUUUGGCUGAUGAAAUGUCUGAUCCCAUAAAAGAGGCUGUUACAUAUUUCUUAGGAGAAGAAGAAAAUAUAAAUAGAAAUGUUUCUUAUUUGUCUAAUGUGACACAGGAUGAAAGGGGAUUGAGGAGUUUAAUAAAGGAUGGAUAUUAUAGAGCAGCUGUCAAUCUAACUGGGAGACUUCUUGCAAUUUAUGGCCAAGGCUAUGGAAAAAUAAAUCAUCCAAGCAAACAUACUCCUCAUUCUAUACAACUUUGGUUUACCAGGUUGUCUUUACUAACGAAAUUGAAGCAAAUAGAAAUGUUAGAAACUGAAUCUGCUCCUUUUGGUAAUCUUGAUAAGCCAGACAUGUAUUUUACUUUUUAUCCAGAACUCUAUGGCACAAGGCGUGGUUCGAUGGCUUCUUUUGCAUUUAGAUUGUUAAUAGCUGAAAUACCAAUGUAUUGUGGUAAAGGAAAAAGAGCAUUAGAUAAUUUGUAUGCUAUGUUAGCUAUCAUAAAACAAAUUUUACGUAAUUUAGAAAAUGAUUUAUCUGAAGAUGGUGGAGCAGUAAAAUUUAACAAAGAUGAGAAACAUGAUGCAAUGCAACUAUGGAAGGCAAGAAAAUCAAGAACUUUAGUGUCUAUAGUAAAUUGUGCUUUAUGCUCAAAAAAUUACAUUCUUGCAGCUGAAGUAUUAGAGCAACUUUUUAAUUGUAAUGAAUGGAAAAAAAAGCAAGCUGACAUUUUAAAUUCUGCGAUUGGUCGAAUAUACUUAUUACUGGGAGAUGUUUCUGCUGCUGAAAAGAAAUUCACAGUUGUUCAUCCAGAAAACUCAAAAUCUGCGAGUAUAAAAGAAUUUGUGGACAAAGCUUUCAUAGCAGUGGCACAAAAUUCUUUUCAGGAAGCCUUAGACUUUUUCAAGUCUGCAUCAGAAUUAGAUCCUUCCAAUAUAAUGUUACUAAAUAACAUUGCUGUAUGUUUACUGUAUACUGGAAAACUAAAAGCUGCUGUCGAGUUGCUGGAAAAUAUGGUCACUGUAAAGAACCCAGUCAAGAGUUUACAAGAGGUUGUUCUAUUGAAUAUGUCCACUUUAUAUGAACUUCAUACUACUCACAGUAUACAAUCUAAACUUCAGUUGCUUAGACAAUUGAACAGGUACAAUGGAGAUUCAACUAAUAUACAAUGUUUGAAAUUAGUGAUGUGAAAAUUAUUAUAAAACAUAAAUUAUUACUAUAUUUUUUGUUUUAU